CUCCCCCCUCCCCUUCCCCCAGGAGUGAGAUGUUAAAUACCAGCCUGACACAGCCCUGGGCAUUCAGACCUGCCUCCUGAGACAACACCAUGAAGUCACUGGGUGUCUUCUUCAUGGGGCUCCUCACCCUCUGGAUGGUGCCGCCGUCUUGGUCUGGCACAAUCUUACCCAUGCAACAAAUCCCCAGAGAGAAAUCUGGGAUCUGCCCAGUGAUCACUUUUCGGUGCAAGAGGUUAAAUCCCCCAGAUCGUUGUCAAUCAGACAGACAGUGUGCUGGGGCAGAGAAGUGCUGUGACACCAGCUGUGGACUGGGCUGUGUUCUACCUCUGCAAGAGAAACCCGGGACUUGCCCAGUGGUUACUGUACGGUGUCUUAAGGCAGAUCCUCCCAACAGUUGUGAUCAUGACCGCCAAUGUCCGGGGCCAAAGAAAUGCUGUGAAACUAGCUGUGGGAGACGUUGCAUCCUGCUUCAGAGAGGGAAACCUGGAACCUGUCCAGAUGUCACCUUUAAGUGCGCCGUGUACAAUCCCCCAAAUCGCUGCCACUCUGACCACCAGUGUCCAAGAUUCAAGAAGUGCUGUGAGACUUUCUGCGGGAGGGCCUGUGUUUAUCCUAAGGGACAUGGUAAAGCAUAACUUCCUGUGGCCCGAGGGUGUUCCCAGGCCAGGAGCAGCCGUGACACCAGCUCGAUGUGCCUGGCCUCGCUGGGGUCCCACAGACCUGCCCUAGGAAAUCAGCUUGCACAAUGCCUGCAUAGCGCCUGCACUCUUAAUCUGUCUCGUCUUUAGCACCAACCAUGCCACAUUGUCACCUGUCAGCAGGGGCGGCUCUAGGCACCAGCAAAACAAGCUGGUGCCUAGGGCGGCCAAAUCUAGGGAGUAUUCCCUGCC